UAAACAGAGCCCUCGCUAGUAUUUAUUCAUUAGACUUUAUGUUCGAUAUAUAUCUCGCCAUAUCCUUCGCAAGCUUCUGUGCUAUUUGCGCAUUCAUGCCCAUUUAGUAUCUAGUCUAGCUUAGCUGGCUUAGUUAGCAUCGCAUUUCAUAUUAGGAAUCGUCGGCCUCGGUACUCGACUAAGUCAAAUACCUACCGACUUCCCUUUUGGAUGUGAAGUGGGUGGGUGACAUCAGGCUGGCUGGUAGCUUUCUUCAACCAAAAAGCCGAAAAUCAAUUGUCCUAUAAAGCACUAAGGAAGACUCCAGAUGGAUAGACCCUGAAACAAUAUUUCUUUGGUAAUUUUCUUGUUUCUAUUGUUACGAGAGAGUGAAUAGUCUUAUACUGGAUCCAAAAUAAAAAUCUGGAUGAGGAAAAAAUCAAGCGACACGAUGCAUAGAUGGAGAAUUCAAGUACCACGAGAUCAGUGAGGUCGGCGCCGCUCGUACCGGGAUUUAUGGCAACGUCAACCCCCGGAUCGAACCCCGAAAACGGGGCUGGAGUAUAUUUACUAAAGUGGAUGGGAACUAAGAUUACCAAAACAAACAUCGACAGCGUCGCUCAGCUACGGACAUGCAUUCAAGAAGACGGCGAUGACAGUCGCCAACUGCUAGUCUUCCGAGGGUUGCCUGAGGACUACGAGUUGGUGUUGAGGGAGGCGACGGAUAUUGAGCCUUCAUUUAUCGAUGCGCAUACCGGCAGAAGAAGCUAUAGGCAGCGGAAGACGAGGGUCAAAGCCACCUGGGCGCACUAUGACUAUCCCGAGCUUAUUCGUGCCCUCAAUGACAGGCGAUAUACCGUGACCCUUAAUGACCUCGUGAGCAACCCCUCUACCUACAAGAUGCCUGCCACCAGCGAUAGCGUGAUGCUCUGCCGGGCGUCCGUUUGGCUCUCUGAGAAAGCACACAUCCUCUUCCUAGAUCGGGCGCCGUGGGAAGACCCGACCUUAGGAGUAUCGCGGGGGCGGUAUAAGGCCUACAUAGGAAAGACCGUCCCGAACGAGAACGGUAUACCGAUAACCUGGAAUGAAAUGGACAUUCACGGUAAUAUGGUACCUCUCGGGGAUGAGAUUCCGAGUUUCGAGACAAUGCUCUGUGAAAACUUGCGGGAGGGCUGCUCAGGUCCUGAAGACCUCCUUGAACUCUUCGAAGACUUGAUGUUAGACAAAUGGUCCGAUUUCCUUGAGGCAUCAAGCCUCGAUCCAUCUGUUUUCUCGACGGAGAUCGCGCCCCUGUUCUCGCAUGCGUUAGUUUGUUUGGAGCGAAACUUGAACGUUUCGCGGCGAUGGCGUGGGGCGAGACAACAAGCAGUCGAUACAUCUCAAGAAAGCCACUUCCUCCUAGACGCAAGACCUUACCCCGCGAAGACGGAAUGGGAAGCGCUGCUCGCUCGGCUCAGCCGGCAGACACAACUCCUCAGCAAUCUAACGACUAUCGCAGCGAAUCCGCCAUCACGGAGGCUGAGCGCGAUACAGGCAGCUAAUGGUUUCGGUAUAUCGGCGGUGAAAACGAGCGAAAACAAAUGCGAUUGUAAAUCGAAGAACAAAGAUGAUAAUAAUAACUGUAGCUACGAUAACAACGCCAAUGCCAACAGACACCACUCUACAUCUGCGGAGAACCAACGCGCCCUGAACCGCGUGGCGUACCUGGGCGGCGUACUGCUCCCCUUUUCCGUGGUAUCCGGGAUCCUGGCCAUCGAGGAGCCGUUCGGGCCAGGGGACGCGCAGUUCUGGAUCUUCUGGGCCGUCACCGUGCCUCUGACGCUCCUAACGCUCGGGGUCAUCUACGCCGACUCGAUCCGCAAGGUGCAAGUGUGGGUAGAGGUCGCGGCGUCUGGAAAAGGUUCUUCGUCUGGCGGUAGUUCGCACUUGGACCUGGGCUUGGGUUCCAGCUACGAACUCCCGCAGCCCGAUGUCGAGUAUGCUGUGCCUGUGACGGGCAGGAUGGCGGUGCCGUAUAGUCUCUCGGUGAAUUCUGUUCCUGCGGAAGCGGUCUUGGGGGCUGAAGGUAGGGAGGGAGAGGAGAACGACGGACAUGCGGGAGGAGAUGAAGACGAAGAACCGGAUAUGAUUGUUGAGAAACGCUGGAAGAAGGACUCGCCUGCGCAACAGGUCAAUUCCGGCCUAGAUGGCGACGAUUGGAGGAAGAAGAAGGAUAUCAAAUGGCGCAAGGAAGAACUCGGUUGGCUCGGCGCGUGUGCAACGUUGUUUCAGGUGUAUAAGCUCAAGAAAGGGGUGCCGCCUCGACAUCUUCGCCAUAAUGAUAGGAGAGAUAGACUCAGGCGCGUAAGGACGAAUUAAUAGCUAUUGAGGAGGUUAGACGACAGGGUCUCUGGUUUAUUAUCAGUAACCAUUUAUAUUAGCCUUUCGUCUUCGAUGGGCUUGUUGGGGGGUUCCAUGAUCCGGCUACUUAUCGAGGUGAAUAAUCCUAUCACCUCAGGACAUAGACUACUUAAUACUAUCUGUCAAACAAACUAGGACAGCAGAGGACUAGGGAAAGACCCUGAGUUCUAUGUUCAAAUUCUGCGCCUCAGGUCGGAAUUCGUCAUCACGCAAGUCGCUUCAGAGCCCA